CGUCGCCGGCUGUGGCUUCUCUCACCGGACUGGAUCCCCGGGAAGUGGACUGGCAGAGGAAGGGGGCAAGUUACCUGUCGCUGCGGACCGAGUAGGAGACCCCCAGCGCGAAGCGGCCUUACAGGGCCGGGUGGACUGGCUAGCCAACGCGCCUGCUGAGGCGGCUGUGAGGAGAGCGUGGGCGAGGGUCCGGGACGGAGGAAGCAUGGCCCCGCAGAACCUGGGCACCUUCUGCCUGCUGCUGCUGUACCUCAUCGGGGCCGUGAUCGCCGGGCGAGAUUUCUAUAAGAUCUUGGGGGUGCCUCGAAGUGCCUCUAUAAAGGACAUUAAAAAAGCCUAUAGGAAACUAGCCCUGCAGCUUCAUCCUGACCGGAACCCCGAUGACCCGCGAGCUCAGGAGAAGUUCCAGGAUCUGGGUGCUGCUUAUGAGGUCCUGUCAGAUAGUGAGAAACGGAAACAGUAUGAUACUUACGGUGAAGAGGGACUGAAAGAUGGUCAUCAGAGCUCCCAUGGAGACAUUUUUUCACACUUCUUUGGAGAUUUCGGUUUCAUGUUUGGAGGAACCCCACGUCAGCAAGACAGAAAUAUCCCACGAGGAAGUGAUAUUAUUGUAGACCUGGAAGUCACUUUGGAAGAAGUGUAUGCAGGGAAUUUUGUGGAAGUAGUUAGGAACAAACCUGUGGCAAGACAGGCACCUGGCAAGCGGAAAUGCAACUGCCGGCAAGAGAUGCGAACCACCCAGCUGGGUCCAGGUCGCUUCCAGAUGACCCAGGAGGUGGUCUGUGAUGAGUGCCCCAAUGUCAAACUGGUGAAUGAAGAACGAACACUGGAGGUAGAAAUAGAACCUGGAGUGAGAGAUGGCAUGGAGUACCCCUUUAUCGGAGAAGGUGAACCGCACGUGGAUGGGGAACCUGGAGACUUAAGAUUCCGAAUCAGGGUUGUCAAGCAUCCAGUAUUUGAAAGGAGAGGAGAUGAUUUAUACACAAAUGUGACAAUCUCUCUAGUUGAGUCUCUGGUCGGCUUUGAGAUGGAUAUUCCUCACUUGGAUGGUCACAAGGUACAUAUUUCCCGGGACAAGAUCACCAGGCCAGGAGCCAAGCUGUGGAAAAAGGGGGAAGGGCUCCCCAACUUUGACAACAACAACAUCAAGGGUUCUUUGAUAAUCACCUUCGAUGUGGAUUUUCCAAAAGAACAGUUAACAGAGGAAGCAAGAGAAGGUAUCAAGCAGCUGCUUAAGCAAGGCUCAGUGCAGAAGGUGUACAAUGGACUGCAAGGAUAUUGAAGUCAAAUAAAAUUGGACUUUGUUUAAAAUAAGUCAAUCAGUGAUAUUUAUUAUCUGCAGGAGUUUUUUGUGUUUUUGUUUUUACUUUCAGUACUCAAGUCUGACUUAAUUUUUUUUUUCUUCUAAUGAUCGUCAUGGAAUGAAUACGUGGGCCUAAGCAUUUGUCCAUUUGUAUUCAGAAAGACUGGCCAGCAGAAGUUUAAUAAUACCUCUCCCUUUGGGGAUUUAAUGUCUGGUGCUGCUGCCCAAGUUUCAAGAAUUAAAGCCACAAGAGGACUCCAAGAGCAAAAGAAACACAGUAUAGAGGGUUGAAGUUAACUGUCAGCUGUUUCAUUCAAAAUGCCAACUGGAGAAGUCUGUUUUUUAAAUACAAUUUGUUGUUACUUUU